AUCUCCCUUUAAAUAGGUUUUUUUUUUUUUUUUUUGGCUGGAUAUUUCCGGAAAGGAAUGCUUUUAUUCAGAGGGAAUUAACUUCAAGUUACACCGUCCCACACCGAUGCAACCGUGAUGGCGGCAAACUCAAAAAAGGAUAUUUUCAGCUUCUUCAGUGAAGCAGACAAAAUUGAGGCCGAAAGUCCUUUGGUCCUGGAGCAGAAAUGCUUGCAAAAGCUGCAGAAACAGUUGGUAGAUCUUUAUCAGAAAUGUGAAGAGAAACGGCUGGAAUUGGCAAGGCAUAUUGAAGAAUGGUAUCCCAAGUCCCAUGAUCUUGACUCCAGUAAGAUGUCCAUGUUGACCUUUGACCACCAGAGGGAUGUUUGCAAUAGCACUCUCUGCACUUAUGAGUUAUUGGGUCUUAAAGUAACAAACAGCACAGACAGUGAUGUCCACAUACAGUUCCAGAUGACCCAAAAUGGAAAGUUCUACCACAACUAUUUCAUUGAAAUUUCUCAGAGUCCCAAUGGUCUUGAGACCAAGAAAUACAAUUUGCUGCCAUUUAUUCCUGUUGAGAAGAUUCUAAGCAAACACAAGAAACUCUCCAAACAAUCCACCCAUGCCAUCAUCACAGAAAUCUCUGAUUAUUUUCAUGCCUUCAAUGUCAGAGACAUUGCAAUUCAAACGGCUUUGACCUUGUGCAAAGACAAUCUGUUAGACAGUAUCCAGUAUUCGGUGGCUCGAGACAUGAUAUCUUUUGUUCUGUUCAAGGAAAAUCUUUCAGUUGAAUGUAGUCUCUCCUACAUGAAUCUUUUGGCUGUACGUCCAGAUGAAAUAUCCGUUCAAUGUUUUGACAUCAGUAAGAUUUACUCGAAACAGUGGCUGACUGAAUUUCAAGAGUUCAGUGGGAUGUCCCUUGCCAAACUUAGCUUACCGGAAGCAAUCUGUUCCAUUCUGAGCUCAGUCGAUGUCUCCAACACCAAUAUGCUCCAGGGUGAAAGUAAUGAGACCAGCUCUGGUUAAGUUCAUGAACCAAGAAUUCUGACUCUUUCACAUUCUUGAUUGUAUUUGAUGCAAUUCUUCAGAAAAAGGUCACUGCAUUGAGGAAUGCAUUUUGUUGUCUUCACAUGUGGUCUAACUUAGCAUUUGAAACUUCAACAUGAAACAUGUUACCUCAAAUUUGUGUUUAUAUGUGUAUGGCUGUGUCAUUGUAUAGCUAUGUGUGUGUGUGUGUAUAUGGCUGUGUUUUGUUUUGUGUGUGGCUGUGUGUUUGUGUUUACGGCUGUGUGUGUAGGUAUUAAUGCAUGUGUAUGUGUGCCUUCUUUGUCACCAACCCUCACCUGUCUCCAAUCAAGGUGAAUAUUUCCUCAUGGCCAGACAUUGGUAUUCAUGGAAGACUGGAAACGAACAUCAUUUGUAUGAGAGUGGACUCGUUUACGACCAUCAUGUGAUGUCUAGACAAAGAUACAUACAAACCCACAUGCAUCUACACGUAUAUAUAUAUAUAUAUAUAUAUAUAUAUACACACACAACGGGCUUCUUUCAGUUUCUGUAGACCAAGUCCAUUCUUGGUUAGCCAAAGGCUGUGGUACAAGACACUUGUUCAAGUCCCUGCAUGAAGUCACACUGUUUGGAAAACUCGACUCUUGAUAAUCACUAAAGCAUCCAAGGACAUGUACAGAAUGGAGCAACUCCAAACAAUAUACCAGGAACAUUCCACCCGGAUGUUCAAUGGGAAGGCCACCCAAGCCCCACUGCUAUUUAUCAAAUGCCUGCUUGAGAAAGUAAAUAAAAAGAAAUUUUCUUUUCAGUUUUCUUA